AUUUUUGCAUAGUCGUCAUCGUUCCCCAAAAUGGCGGAUCGCCGUACCCUUCGCGGGAAAUUGAAACAAGAUGACUUAAUAUCACGCCGAUUUAGUCCUUACAAGGUUAUGCACAGAGAAGCAAAGAAGGUGUAUGAGAGGAUCUUUGCCACUAUCUAUGGACAAUGUGUAGGAGAUGCUUUGGGUCUGCUUACAGAGAAUCUCACAAAGGAAGAAGCCAAACGGGUGUAUGGCACUGUGAGUUCCAAGAUUGAGCUUGUACACAAGAAACUGCGCCAAGAUGCUCAUCGUAAGAAGUGGGAGGUUUACGACUGGACUGAUGAAACUGAUCAGAUGAUUCUCAUUAUACAAUCACUUACUGCCAAUAGAGGCCAGGUGGAGCCGAAAGAGUUUGCUCGUCGGCUUUUAGACUGGAGUGAAAAUGGCUUUCCAGAAUUGAAUGACAAAUGUGGCUAUGGCCUUGACGCUAGCACAAAGGCUGUAUUGAUGCAUCCCCAGUUUUCGGAGACACCACAAAAGGCAGCAGAAAUAGUGUGGAGAAACUCUGGCUGCCAUAGUGCAACAAACACAGCUGUCGCACGGACAUCAGUCCUCGGACUUCACUACUACAAUGCACACUCUAAAGUGAUGCACAAUGCUCUGGAAAUAUGCAAUACCACACAUCCAGACCCUCGAUGUCAGGCAUCUGUGAUUGCUGUGACAACAGCAAUCACCCUGAUGAUGCAAAGAGAUGAGAAGCACUUGAAAAAGAAUGGCGAAUAUGCUGUAGAUCGAAUCAUCUCAGAUUCCUACAUAUAUGCUACUAGAUGUCUUCUGGAGAGGUAUCCAGAGAUCAAAGAGCUCAAGCAUUACAUGUUUGCCUCAUCACUGAAAGACCUGCAACUGAAUGAAGUGGGAAAAACUAGCUACACUUUCAAGGCUGUUGGAGCCGGGUUCUGGGCACUGAAACAAAAGGAUUUUAGAAAUGCUCUGCAGGAUAUUGUAAUGGAGGGUGGAGAUGCUGAUGCAAAUGCUGCUGUGGCUGGAGCCCUUCUGGGCUGCAAACUGGGCCUGUCAGCCAUUCCUGUCACAUGGAUUGAAUCUUUGGCACACAGGGUCUGGCUAGAUGGUAUCUUAGAAGCGUAUCUCACGAUGAUGGAGCAAGGAAAAGCAAGACCCAAGGCAGAAACAACUGUGUGAACAUAGAACAAAGUCAAAGCUUAGAACUAUAGAGAUGCUAGUCAGCUGUGAAUGGAGUCAGAAGGAAGGAUUCCAAAACCAGCAGAAAUCGACAAAGGGACAAAAAAUGUAUAUGUACUGUUGCUAUAUACAAGAUUGUAUACAUGCAAACAUUUAAGCAUAAACUUUUUGCAGGUCCAUAUAUGUGGGCAGGUGCAUAUAGAGUUCAUGCUUAUCUCAUGCCAAGUUGAUCUAAGUUUCAUCCUAAAAAGGUCAUCAGCAGUGAGCAUCAUAGAUCUGCCUGUUUUCAUCUUUAAAAAAUGGACUUUAAAAGGAUAUAUUAUGAACUUUGUUUUAAUUUUGUACUUAGAUCCUGUCCGCCUUCUCAAACUUAAAACAGGAAUAGUUUGCAAAUAGUUAUUUUUCCAUGACAUUUCUCCCCUACCUGUGGAGGCAUAUUGAAAAAAAAAAAAAGUUUAAGAAGUAGUUGCUGGAUGAAGGGUCACAAAAGUGCCGAAGUGUAAUGGGCAUUUUUGUAACGAAGAUUGCUAUCCUAUAUUUAACCUAGUUAUCUAUAUCUUUGAAUGCAUCCUGUAUAGUCAUGACAUUAUUUAUGAAUGUUAAAUACUUCUGUGUUGGCUGCAACUAUAUGUUUGCUCUGUGGUGAACAUUAUAAAAUAACAACUUCAGCAAAUCAUUGGAUUCAGGAGUAAGUAAUCCUUCAGUAGAAAGUGUACAGUACUGCCAUCUGAUUAAACAUACUCUGUCAGACUGGCCCUUGUGACUUGUGGGGGCCAUUCUGAUUAUGUGCCUUCAACUAUCCAUUUGACAUAGAUUUACAACAAACCAAGACUAGAGCUACAUUGUUUCCAAUUCAAAUAAGUACUUUUUCUGAAAGGCAUCAGUUACAUAAUUUUAUGAACACACAUUUUUUUUAAAAGAUGUGAUAAGUUAGUUUUGUUGAAUUGGCAGAAUGCAGAGUUUGAAAUUUGAGAGUAAUUUUUCUCAAGUUGCAAAACACAAGACUGAUGCAUUUUGUGAAUUGAAGUGUGUAAGAAGCCGAAAUAAUACUGUGUGCAAUACUCUGAUUUUAAUGAAGACUCAGCACACUUUUUAAAUAUUCUGUGUUCUGUUAAGAAGUAUCCUGUUAUACAUACAUAUUCCAUUGACAUUUUGCUUCACCUUGUGUCUUUCAUGCUAAAGUGUGAUCUUUCAUGGUCAGUGAACAAAUGUAAUUUUUCAAAAUGGUGGUUGAAUUUUUGAAAUUAUUGGUCUAAGGAAGUGUAGUAGGCAUGAGCAAAUGAAACUGCAUGUGUGUGUAUAAGAUAAACUUGACUUCAGUUACAGUUGAGGGAGCACGUGCAUAUACAUUUCUGUAUGUUUAUAUAUGUGUGUGUGUGCGUGCACGCGCGGCUGCAGCUGAGCGACUGCCAUUCCACAUUUGUGUGUGUGUGAGAAUAUUGGAGUUUGAAAUAGACUUUUUAAUCUGUUGGAAUUGUUUGUGCAUAUUGUCUACAAUACUGAAUAUAUUUAAAUAAAAUACUGUAUUGUGUUUAGCAGGCUUUUAGCCUAGAAACAUAAUGGCAAGAGAUAUUACAUUUUAUUAAAGAUUGAUUCAUAUCCAAAGACAGAAUAAUGGGCAGUUGACUUAUAACUGAUUAACUGUUGUCUAACUGUCACCAUUAAAUUGCUGCCUACACUGCAUGGUUUGUAAAAUUUUUUAAUACAAAUCUGUAAAUUUCAUACCAGGACCAAAUUAUUUUAAUUGUCAUUUAUUUGAAAUAUUCACUUAAAGCAUUGUAUUGUUUCCCCUCCCACCUAUUCCAGUAAAUGAAGAUUAUUUGAAAGUAUUCCUUGCUUGAAAAGGAUAGUGAGAAAAUAGUAUUGUAUUGGCCAGCAGACAAUAUUUGAGAAAGUUGUGAAAAAGUGGUUCAGGCUUUAAUUUUGUCAAGGUCCAGAAACUAUAAACAAGAAUGUAGCCAAGCUUUUCUUUAUUUACGCACCAGCAUAUUAAUAUCUUCACAUGUCAGUUCAUGGAAAUGAAUUUAUUUCCACAAUAGAAACCUAUUGAAUGUGCAGAUUUGUUUUUGUGAAUGUACGGAGUUGCAUGGUUAGUGUAACAAGGAUGUUCAACUUAAAUAAGAAAUAGAAAUACAGUUCCAACUCAUAAUGUUGGAUGAGAGGGGAAGGUAGCAAGAGGGGUAUGUCCAUGAGAUAAAAAUACAAGAGGUUGAGACUGUAUUUGUGUACCAGGGACACAUUCUCUGAAACAUUGCUCCAUAUGGUACAUAUACACAAUUUUCCCUCACCAUGUUGGCUGUUGAUUUACUGUUCUCAGUUCAAGCAAACACUUUAAACUUUAAUUCUGAGGAGGCUAUUUCCCUGUGAAUCAAUUCAACCAUCUGCCUUUUAAGGUGGACGCUUGUGCAGUAUUUUGACGAUUUAACAGGGUAACAAAUAUGGGACUGAUGACACAGAGAGGACAGGCAGACUGACCGACCAUGCUUCCUUGUAGAGCACAUUAAUUUUGGGGAACUCGACCUCACUGCUGUCGAUUUAUCACCAGAAACUGGUUAGGAACCCUCCUACUCAGAGAUAACAAGAAGAAAUUGACGCCCUGUAGUCAACAAAAGCUCAAGUGUUUUUUGAUUCUUAAAAUUUGUUCAUAAAAUUUAUUUAUAUUGUAUUUGUUUCCUUUUAGCAAUAUCGUAGUUAAAACGCUGACAUCGCAAGUUGAGUAUGAAUGGAACUUAACCAUCUAUAACCUGUCAUUUUGUCUAGGAAUCAAUUUAAUUCUGUUAUCUCGCUAUCCUCGAACACCUUAUACUCCGUUGGUAGCUUAUUUCUUACACAGCGAGAGAAAACAGUUACGUUUUUGUCACGUGACCAGGAUCGACACCCAGUCCCGUAAUAAACAUAUUGAAAACGGUAAUGCAAAACACAAUCACAACAGUGGCGGACUGUA